GGUUCCAGUCAGUCAAGUCUGGGUACCUCUACGGCACGACGCGAACGGGCGCAGAUCGGCGCCAGGAAGAGCUCUGGAGGUGUGAUGACGAUCAGGAGACACAAGCGAGAGGAUUCAUCGGCCAGGGGCGAGCCUGCUCAUGGUGUCAAUGGCAUCAACGGCGCUAAUGGUGUUAACGGGCUGACGAAUGGACAUGUUGCGAAUGGGGAUGGGCAUGAGGCGGAUGCAAAGUCUAAUGGAGUUGUGAAUGGGAAGAAGGUCGAUAGGGAGAUGAAAGAGGCGAAGGAGAAGGUGGAGAAGGUGGAGAAGGUGGUCGUGGACUGGGAGAUACCCCGGAAGGCACUGCAUUCGUCGAUAGGUUUCAUGACCAUCUACCUCUACACGUCGCACGGCUCGCCUGACAAGGUCGUCAUCGCGCUCAGUGCCGCUCUCGCCGCCCUUGUUCCCAUCGAUAUCCUCCGCCUCAAUGUCCCAUGGGCCGAACGCGCCUUCGAGAAGUGUGUCGGCUUAUUCAUGCGUGAGUCCGAGAAGAACUCGUCAAACGGCGUGAUAUGGUACCUCCUCGGCGCGGACCUCUGCCUCCUCGCGCUCCCGCUUGACCUUGCUGUUGUCUCCAUUGUCAUCCUCUCCUGGGCCGACACCGCGGCGUCAACAAUUGGCCGCCUCUGGGGGCCUUACACCAAGGCCCUCCCGCAGCGCACACCCGUGCUCCGUCUCCCACUUGCGCCGCGGAAGUCGCGUGCGGGCUUCGCAGCAGCGUGCGUCACGGGCGGCGUCAUCGCCGUCGGGUUCUGGGGGUGGGUCGCGCCAGCGUCUGGGCGCCUCGGCGCAUCGUGGACGUUUGAGAACGGAGUCGGAGAGUUCUUCCGUACUUCGCAGGUCGGUGCUAUGGCUGCAGCGGGGGAGAAGGUGCGGGAGGUGCUGGGCGGGGGUGUAAGCACAGGUGGGUGGAUAGGCUUGGUGGUGAUUGGGGUUGUUGCGGGGUUGGUGUCGGGUGUUGCUGAGGCUCUUGAUCUCGGCUCAUGGGACGACAACCUGACGCUGCCUGUCAUUGCUGGCUCCUGCCUCUGGAUAUUCUUCAAAGUUCUUGGUUUCGUCUCUUCAUGACCCACCUAGCUACCGGCUUUUACACCUCGCCCUCCUUGACAUCACCACCUUCUCUCCAUCGCUUGCGCUCUCAUAUGGCUCUCUCCUCGGAUUUUCUCAUUCCUCACUCGCUUCCUCUGUCCCCCUUUCUUGUUCCCCUUCUGUUAACUCUUUACUUUACCCUCAUCUAACGACACCCCACGACCCAUGACAGACUGGCGAAGGAAAACUAGUCAGGAUAGGUUUAGGUUAGAACAUGUACACGCAGAUGUGUGUGCAUUACGUAUGAUAUUGUUAGGAUAACUCUGUAGCUAUGCUUGGCUGCCCUAUAUACC